UUAAUUAAGUGACGCAUGUCUGUUGGCUCAUCAGAGUUUGAUUCAGCGGGAUGAAAUGAGUAACCUCUCACCUGGAUGUCCCAGGACUUGGGAGUAAAUGACGGGACAAUAAGUAAACAAUCGGAAUCAUCUUUUGGGAAAACAGCUUAAGAAUUCUCAUGGAAAGAAGGAUUGUAUUUGUUCCCUGUAGUUUCAGUUUUAUUUGAAAGGCUGUUUUUAGGUCCUUUUGGAUAUCAUUGAGGUUGAAUUUGGUCCAAUCGCUUUUCAUGGAUUCAACUUAAAUCUCUCUGAAUCACAGUUGGAACUGUUCUCUCUAGAACCGUAGAACUCUCUGGAACUUUAAAGCAUCCCAAGGAUCCAAAGCAAUAUCUGUCUUUAGUUUGAGAGACAGAUGGUAUUUUAUUGAGAGGCUGGCAGAGGGAAAGCGGGUACGGAGGGAGAGAUAACUGAGGGAGAGAGGACAGAGAGACAGAAUUGUCACACUUGGGGAAACAAAAGGACGGAAAGACUGAGGAAGAAGGGGAGUUGAGUGUCAGGUGGGAGUCAGCCUUGUACUAAUGUUCCUCAAAUUGAUGCACUUACUGGGACUCAUCGACAUCACAGAGACUGAUGACAGUAGUGACAGUGAUUUGGAGCUGUCUAUAGUUCGUCACCAGCCAGAAGGCUUGGACCAGCUGCAGGUUCAGACCAAGUUCACCAAGAAGGAGCUCCAGUCACUAUACAGGGGCUUCAAGAAUGAGUGUCCGAGUGGUUUGGUUGAUGAAGAGACGUUCAAGACCAUCUAUUCUCAGUUCUUUCCCCAAGGAGACGCCACCACCUAUGCACAUUUCCUGUUCAAUGCGUUUGAUAUGGACAGAAAUGGCUCCAUUCGUUUUGAGGACUUUGUGAUUGGCCUGUCUGUUCUUCUGAGAGGGUCAGUCACAGAGAAACUCAACUGGGCCUUCAACCUGUAUGACAUCAACAAGGAUGGAUACAUCACUAAAGAGGAGAUGCUGGCUAUUAUGAAGUCCAUCUAUGAUAUGAUGGGCAGGUACACAUACCCAAGUGUACGGGAUGAGGCACCCUCUGAACAUGUGGAUAAGUUCUUCCAGAAAAUGGACAGAAACAGAGAUGGAGUGGUGACCAUUGAGGAGUUCAUUGAGACCUGUCAGAAGGACGAGAACAUCAUGAACUCCAUGCAGCUCUUUGAGAACGUGCUCUAGAGCCCAGCAGAACAUUCUACGUCAUUCUCCCAUCGUCCGAUCCUGUCCUCCUGUCUAUACACAACCCCUGUCCAAUCCCACAAUACACACACACACACACACACAGACAGACACACUCAAUUUAGUGCAUCCUAAUCUAGGAUGGCUAAUCCACAGAUAUGUACUAGCAGAGUUCAUUUACUGCUGCACUAGCUUCAACCUGCCACUGCUUGUGGACUAAAGAGCGCACUAGAGAAAGAAAAGAGGAGAGAAGAGAGCUACUGGGACUUCUUCUACUUUACAACUUGUCAGCUUCCCAAAGAAAGGAGAAAGAAGGACCAAACUGCUCAACACUGAUGAUCCGAGGAGCUUCUAGAACUCUGCCUUCUCAUUGGACCAAAAAGACAAAUGACUAAUCAAAAGAUGGAGAGAGAAUAUGAGAGUGGCAAUUGUGGAAACUCAUCAUGAUGUUGCUGACCUCCAGACCAGGAUCCUGUAGCUAUAACACAUAAGUACACUUACACAGCACUUACAUAUACUAUAUGGGGAUGCACUGACACACUUCUUUGAAGAGUGUUUAAGAGUGUUGAUGUAGCGUGCAGCAAGUUGGAUUGAUCCUGGGCAAGGACGCCAGCACCAAACACUAAAAAGAAAAGAACUGAAGCAUGCGCUUGCACUAAGAAUCAUUCAUAUUCUACAAUAUGCACCAGAAGAGAAUGCAUUGCAAAUGUAGAUAGUCACAGUAGACCACUAAAAGAAAACUCAGUGUGUAUGUAGAUAUGUAUAGACAGUAAUAUAUAAUAAUAACAUAAAUAAAGUUAGACGUUGUGCUCUCCUCUGUACUGCUCUAUUGGGAGUAAGUAGUAGGUGGGGUUAAGGUUAAGGCCAAACAAAAUCUAUGGGCAGGUUUUCUUAACACUUACAGAAUACUAAUUGAUGGAAUUGUAGCCUUACAUGUUUAGUAUGUCUUUUUGGAUCAUUUGAUCGUACAGGUAUUUUGUUUCAUUUCAAGUCAGUUCUGGAGUUUUGAGUUACCCCUACGGGCGGUGGGCUCUAACCCUACUGGUUGUGUCUGGCCAUAGUUCUAGGUGACAGGGAGGGUCACUGGUUCUGUUCUGUCACCAACGGACCAGCGAGUCACCAACGGAUAAGCAUGAGAUGUACAGUAUGUCAGUGCCUCCUUAUAAUGUGUGUAACAACAAGACAGAUAUACUAAGAUGUAUAUGUGUUAUAAACUAAAGCCAUCCUCAGAUGAAUACAGAGUAUACAGCAAUGGCUUGAUCCCUCUUCUCAAUCGUUCAUCAGAGGUUUUGUUUUGUUAAUGUCCCAAAAUGGCCCCCUUAUUUCCUUUCAGGAAUAGGGUCCAUUUAGGACAUCUAUGAUGUGAUCAUCCGAGGUCUGAGCACUGACCGCUAGUGAUGACAUCACUGUAAUUUCCUAUCCUAAGCCCUGAUAAGGUAUGUGGUGUUGUUGUUGUUGUACAGAUAUAUGCAGUAGUGAAUGAAGGAACAGUGUUCCUGUGGCAGAAAGUAUUAUUACAGGCCUGUUCUUCUCAUUGAAACCAAAAGCAAUUCUGGGACGGCAAAAAUAUGCCAUAAUCCUGAUGCGGUAAUACCAUGGUAAAUAAUGGUAAUACUAUAAUCCUUUAUACCUGUAACACGUUGACUGCUCAGACUGCAGACAAAACCCAUACCCCGCCCCACCCCAUACUUUCAUACCCCUACACCUAAGCCCUAACCACCAAAGCCCCUAGGCACCAGGCCCUAUAUAUUGUACCCUGUGGCCCUGUUCUAGGAAAUCACAUUGUCUCAGAGGUAGAGUGUUGUAACAGAGGUUUUCUCUGUCUUUGCCAUAACAACAUAGCUCAUGUGACCUGGCCUGGAGCAGAUUAGUUCUGUUCACACGUGUGCGUGUGUGUGUUUGUUUGUGCGGUGUGGCAUGAAUGAAUGAAACAGACUAGAGACCAAACCAUAGAACUAAAGCAUGCACAGAUAGCAUGGCCAAGCCCUGGUGCCUGGCCUAAAUGUCAUACACACACACACACACACAUAGACAUAUAUAUACUCACACACACACUCCAUGUGAGCCACUCUCUCCAUGAGAAAACAAUGUUGUGUUAUUUACUGUUUGAAGGAGGGCCUGUUUUGAAGCAGAAAGACUAGAAUGACCAGUGCAAACAUGAGGGAAUUCUUAACUCAUAAUUAAUUUGAAUUCUAAAUGGCCUGAUUGAGAAUUCCCAGGAUUCCUAGGCUGUAUGUGUUGAUCACUUCACUAUCCGUGGGAUGUCAUCAUGAGUGGGUGGGUGGGUGUGUAUGUGAGCGUUACAAAGUGUAUGUGUGUGCAUGAGCGCUAGAACGUGUGUGUGUGUUGCAAUGAUGUAAAUCCAGGCUGUGUGUGUGUGUGUUGCAUGAUGUAAAUCCAGGCUUUAGCAUCUCUAGUGCUACUCCUCCUGCCAAACACCUUCACAAACAUGUGACUCCUGAUUCUACUGUCCCAAAUCCUCAGGUCUCAGCUCCCUUACACCACACAUGCACAGACGCACGCACACACACACACACACACACACACACACACACACACACACACACACACACACACAUUAAGGUUCAAGUUCUGGAAUACUACAGGCCUACAUAAGCCUUUAUCUUACAUACCUGUAGUCAUUGUCAUGUGGGGUACUUUAUCUCACAUGCAUAAAUAACCACCAGAGCGAGCACUGAGAGAGAGUUUGUGUAUGUCUGUCAUGUCUGAUCUCACUCCCUUGUGUAUGCGUCAGUGGCAGGUGCUGGUAGGGUAAAGGCUGAUUGGGGAUUAGUCAAUAGCUAGGCCAUAGCAGGUCAGGAGGACACGGCCACUUUGGCCAAUGAAAAAUGAAGCACUUUAGUUAGUUCAUUGAGUGGAUAAUAUACUGUAGCAGAUCUUACACUACAGGGCCAAUAAUAAACAACAUAAAGAGUAGAUCUAAGAUCAGGUGCCUGCUGUACAUCAAAUCUUAUUCAUUAUUGUCUAAAAGGCUAAACUGAUCCUAGAUCAGCACUUCUAAUCUGAGAUGCUUGUUGAUAAAUACAUGCCCAAAUAUGACUUUGUUUCUGGAUGGAGACUGAUUUGCCAGACUGCUGUAUAAAUUCCUCUGUUGGUCUUUGAGUUGACUGCCUGAUCUGUUAGGUACCUGCUUUGGCUUAGAUCAUUGAUUUAGUUGCUGUGAGUUUUAUUGUUGUUAUUUAUCUGUGUUGGAAAAUGGCGGUGAUAAAAUAACAUGGUUAUUGCCUAUUGUGGUGGAAGGGAAUUGAAGAUGAGCAGAGUAAUGUGAUGACGAGAUGAAACCAAAUGGAAUGUGAUAAGAUGUGACAUUGUUGCAUAACAUGAGAAUAUCACCACUUGAUGCCGAUGAAGAGCACCACUAUGUUGGACUUUCACAUUGAGAAACAGAAGGGUGAAAGCUAGGAGGAUAACCUAGGUUAACGAUGUGGGCCUGCAAUCGGAGGGUUGCCAGGCUGAAUAUCAUGUCUGAUGGUAAAAAAAAAAUGUGGUAGGAUUCUAGAUAAGACCUCACACUUAAAAAUCAAUCAACCUCAGGGGAACUUUUAAUGCAGAGGGCUAAAUCAGGGUCACACAGUGUUUGAACUUUGAAACAAAAGUACUUUGAAACAAAAGUAUACACCUCCCACACAUGGUUAUGAACCAUGGCAGAUAUAGAGUUGAAAUGUAUUUAGUUUUGAAUUUGCAUCCCAAUAUUAUACUUUAUAUACAUAAUUUAAGACUGAAAUAUAACAAAACCGUUUAACAUAGAAACACAGGAUUUUUUAAAGUAAUGUUUAUUAACUAUAAAAAGUUAUGAAUAACAUUCCACCCAUGAGGCCACUAGGUCAUUUGACUGCAGGAAAGGUCUAUGCAGUAACAUACUACAGGCCAAAUAGGCAACUGACUUCAGGUAAAGUAUUCAAGUUUUUCUGCAGUGGGUUAAAUCAGGGUCACACAGCGGUAGUCUUAACAAAUCUACUUUGAAACAGAAGUAUAAACCUCAUACACAUGGUUAUGGGCUUAAAAAAGAAGACACCUGUACCAUGUCAGAUAUAGAGUUUAAAUUUAUUACAUUUUGAGUUUGCAUUCCAAUGUUACAUUUGAUUUACAUCACAGAAGACUGAAAUAUAACAAAACCUGUUUGACACAGAGACUCCAGAUUUUCUGCGGGUUUUUUGAAAUGUUUAUUAAUUAUAAAAUGAUGAACGAUAUGAAUAACAUUCCACCCAUGAGGCCACUAGAGGGAGAUUUGUUCCUUUGACUGCAGGAAAGAGCUACCAGAAAUGAAUGGAACCAAUAACAGUACAUUUACUACUGGUAACAUACGGUCUGUAAUGGGGAAUUUAUAGAAAAUAAACAAUCAAAGGGCAAACAGUUAACACAAUAAAACAAUGAAUGCUCAAGAAUUGGUGGGAGACAGCUGGGUGCAUUCUGGAGAGAUGUGCCAACAUCUUCGCCACACAUCCCUCCCCUUCUUCUUGUCUCAACAUUUAAAAUUAUACUAAAGGCACAUCAUCUUCACACACAUUUUAGAUGCAUUGCUUUUUACUGACAGCCGCAUCUCAAUAAUCAGCUAGGCCUAUAUUGCCAAGCUCGCUGCCCAAAUUGCGGUAUUCCCAAUUAGGCAUGUAUAUGUGAUUUGAAACUAUCCACAGCUUUAAAAGAAGCUAAUUAUCCCCUGUGGCUAAGUCAUGCUCUCUGGUGAAGUAUUUUGAAUUAUUUUAUUUAUUUCUGUAUAGACGGGAGUAAUUGUAUACUUUUGACAAAUGUAUUUAAUUUGACUUUAGGCUACAGUGACUACUGUUACCGAAUCAUGUCCUAUGCUUAGGUUACUCAUCACAUUAGGAAUUGUAUGUUAUUGUUGGCCUGCAAAUACUUUAUUAUAAAUUGUAGUUUUUCCCCCCAACCCCCUGCACUCAGCACCCCCUACUCAAAACAAAUUCCUGCUGCUAUGCAGACAGAUAGGCAGACAGACAUGCAUACAUGCAGUAUAGAGAGAUUGAAUUAUCAGGAAACUGGUUAAUAUUGGCACAGUUCACAUUUCAACAGUAAAAUGACUGUACAAUAUUGCAGUACUUCAGUCUACAAUGCAAUCUAGAGACCGUUUUUAAGAAGACCUACAUUAAACCAUUAUUGUGUUCCUCC